AUGCCUUCCUCCGAGGUCAAUUUCAAGAUCCAGGAUGAAGGGCGUCUGGCAGAAUUGGGAUACACGCAGGAGUUGAGGCGAGAAUGGAGUCUUCUCUUCGCCUAUGGCCUCAACACAGGUGGGCCCGGCGUCAUGACCGUUGGGUGGAUCAUCGUCAGCAUGUUCACACUCAUCAUUGGCGCCUGCAUGGCCGAGAUCCUCUCCUCAAUCCCUACCUCCGGCGGCCCCUACUUCUGGGCCUACAUGCUCGCUCCCCAACACAAUGCCCCCUUCUUCGCCUGGAUCACUGGCUGGUAA